AUGACGCCUUUGCUGCGAAGUCGCCGUCAGCUCCGAGUGGCAGAGGCCUCAGUGCUUGCAGUGUCCUUGGCGCUGUUGGCAAUCGCCCUUGGAGCUUCAGGUUCGAAUAACAUGAAGGUCACCUUCCUCGCCGGUCAGGCCAAGGCGUUGCAAAGGGCGCAUGGGCAGCUGGAGGCCGCAGCGGCGAUGCUGGGCCCGCCACGAAAGGUGACGCUGAAGGAGUUCCUUUUGGACCCAACCUUCGAGCCUCCCACGGUGGAAUACGCGGUGGCAGAGAAUGACGGUGUCCACCGCGCAAGAGUGGCUUUCGCAGGAGUGUCCCACACAGGAGGAGGCAAAGCUUUGCGCUCGCUUCGAGCAAAGCAGCGCGUCAACGAGAAGAAGCACGCACACCAGGAGACCAUCUUCCGCGUGCCGCGUGGGCGCAACCUCCGUGCGACUACAAUGGGAGUCGCCGGGGGGAAGCAUGAGUCGAACUUGAAAUGGAUUGAGCACAACAGCGGAGCACAGGUUUCGCUCCUGGGUGGGCCAGGCACUGGCAAGCCGCUCUCAGUGAAAGUUUCGGGAGAAACAGGAAGCUGCGAGAUGGCUGGCGCAAUGGUCCGCGACCUGCUGGAGAUGCUGCCUGCCAAUGCGCAGACGGGCCACCAGCCGAGACGCAAGUCGCCUCGAGGAUUUGCCCCGCAGUGA